AUGGUACACUGUGAUGAGUUGGACACACUGAGCUCAGAGGAGGAACAGUGGGCUAAGGAGAAGAAAGUGGUGGAGGAGGGAGAGGAAAAGGCAGUGGAGGAGGGAGAGGAUGGGGAGGUAGGCUGCCUUGGCUGGAUGUUCGGCGUUGCACAGGAGCGCCUGUGGGCGGGGCGUUGGGGAGAGAGUGCUCGGCUGUUUGAGUUGAGUCUCCGUCUGCAUCGCCUCAUCUGGCACUCGCUGGCCCUCUGCUGCCUCUCCUGUCGUGAGGAAGAGGAGGACACGUCGCCCCCUGCUGGGCUCCCCCGGGAGCUGCAGCUCCACUGGGCUGUGCUGAGGAGAGCUGGCUGCGUCGGGAGGUGUUGGGGUCGCAUCCCGGGAAGCUGCCCGCCACCAUCACAACAGCUGAUGACGGACUUCAGACGCAGAGAACCUUAUAGAUACCUGCACCUGGCUUACAGACAGCUAAAUGAGUCUGCCAGAGCGGCGUCAGCAGCACACACCUACCUGCAACGGAACCCCGAGGACCUCUCCAUGACAACCAACCUGCGUUACCAUAGCAAUGCUGACACACCUGGAGAACCAGAUGACCUCGAGGAGAGACCCUACGAGAGGGCGUUUCUGCAGGCCGUGUUCCUGUUCAACGGGGGCGAGUGGCGGAAGAGUGCUCUCUUGUUGGAGGAAGCGUUGCUAGGAUACCAGCGUGAACAUCAGCUGUGCACUGCAGCCUGCGACAUCAUGCUGGACACUCCGUCGCACUCUACUGUGGCAGAGGUGUACGGUGAGGUGCUACACUGUAGUGUUUCCUGUGAAGACGACCUCCGGCCCUGUGUGGGCGGAGCCUAUGUGGACAACUUCCUGCCGACGAUAUACCAUCACCUGCAGUUCUGCUACUACAAGAUGGAGGAGUUUGGCAGUGCGGUGGCGUGUGCAGCGAGUUUCCUGCUGUUCGAGCCGCAGGAUCAGCUGAUGAGGGACAACAUGGAGAUCUACAAAACACACCAGGAGCAGUGGAGAAUACACACACACCAUUACACACCCAGAUCUGAGGCUGUGGAUUACUGGACACUGAUCUCCUCCAUGAAGGAAAUGCUGCAGCUCACACGACCCAAUCUACACACACACCAGCAGGGAGGCCCUGAUGUUGAGUUCUCGGGGGAGGGGGGGAGAGAGGAGCGGCUACAGUCUCACUGGGAGCCCCCCCUCAGGAGUAGAGGAGACCACGGAUAACACACACUUUAUAAUUACUUACACCCGCCCUCUCUCUCUCUCUCUCUC